AUCUAGAGUGAUAUGUUGUGUUACGUCAUUAUAAAGAAAAACACAUUUUGGUUUCGCUUUCAAAAGUGACCCUUUUCGGCGAUUUUCGAACACCUUUUCGGCAAACGUUUCAUUUCUUUGUCUUUGAACGCAUUCUUUUCGAUUUUGAUUUUAGCAUUUUAUUAUUUUUAAAUAUAUUUAGUUGCUCACGAAAUUAAAAUCGUUUUUUUAGUAAUUAUAAUAUUAGCUACUUUUUGCUUUACUUUUUUUUGGUUUUUGGUAAAUGCGGGGUAAAAGAUCGUAUUCCUAAGACUGACUAAUUUUAAGUGUUGUGCUAUUGUUGUGGUUUUCCUGAAGGAAUAUAUUGUAGUACUACUCGGUCGAGAUGGAGAAGUUUCAAGAAGCUGAUGACGAUCACGAUCAAGUCUUCGAAGCUGAAGAACCGGAACCAAGCCAAACGUCAAAAAUCAUAAUAUCAAAUUUGGGUCUACAUGUAAGGUUCGAGGACAUCGAACACCUCCUCAACGAACAUGGACGUGUUGUAUCGUGUGACAAGUUGACAUCGAAAGAUCAGAAUACACAGACCGUCGCCGUCACGUACGACACCCCUGAGCAGGCUCAGAUAGCUGUAAAUCAGUUAAAUGGUGUUGAAGUAGAAGGUAAAGCAUUCAAAGUAGAAUUGGCUGUGGAAAAACGGGGGAAACGUAAUCCUAGAGGACCAGGUGCUGCUUUUGGAGGUCUACCCGGACAAAACAGACAAACUGACUUCCCCUUAAGGAUAUUGGUACAAAGUGAUAUGGUAGGAGCUAUUAUUGGUAGACAAGGUUCAACAAUAAGACAGAUAACACAACAGACUAGGGCAAGAGUUGAUGUUCAUAGAAAAGACAAUGUAGGUUCCUUAGAAAAAGCUAUUACUAUUUACGGUAAUCCAGAGAAUUGUACGAAUGCAUGUAAAAGAAUCCUAGAAGUUAUGCAACAGGAGGCUAACAACACGAAUAAAGGGGAAAUUUCUUUAAAGAUCUUAGCUCAUAAUAAUCUGAUCGGAAGGAUAAUAGGAAAAGGAGGUAAUACCAUCAAGAGGAUAAUGCAGGAGACCGAUACCAAGAUUACCGUAUCUAGUAUAAAUGAUAUCAAUUCUUUCAACCUAGAACGUAUAAUUACUGUCAAAGGAUCCAUCGAAAAUAUGAGUCGCGCUGAAUCCCAGAUUAGUUCUAAAUUAAGACAAAGCUACGAAAACGAUCUGCAGGCCAUGGCACCCCAGACCAUGAUGUUCCCGGGGUUGCAUCCGAUGGCGAUGAUGGCCACAGCAGGUAAAAACAACCUAGGAAUUGGUUAUGGUUCAAGAGGACUUUAUUCAGGUCAAGCUCCUUACCCCGGUAUGUACCCCGCAGGGUCCCAAUCUGGUGGCGAUACCCAAGAAACAACCUACUUGUAUAUCCCUAACAACGCUGUAGGCGCUAUCAUUGGUACUAAGGGAUCACACAUUAGAAAUAUCAUUCGGUUUUCCGGAGCGUCCGUCAAAAUAGCACCUAUUGAUGAAACCAAACCACAAGAAACACAGAACGAGAGGAGGGUGACCAUUGUCGGAUCACCAGAAGCACAGUGGAAAGCUCAAUAUUUGAUUUUUGAAAAGAUGAGGGAAGAAGGUUUCGUCGCUGGAUCCGACGAUGUACGAUUAACUGUUGAAAUUAUGGUACCAAGUUCUCAAGUUGGGCGAAUUAUUGGUAAAGGUGGUCAGAAUGUAAGGGAACUGCAACGUGUUACCGGCAGCGUUAUCAAGCUACCCGAACAAGGGGCGUCGCCACAAGAAGACGAAACAACAGUUCAUAUCAUAGGUCCAUUCUUCAGUGUCCAGUCUGCACAAAGACGUAUCCGAGCGAUGGUCCUCCAAUCAGUAGCUCCUCCACAGGGCAGACAGCGCCAAUCAAAGCAGAAAGAUACCAGUCAAUCGGAAGCUACCUCAUCCGAGCCACAACAGUAGUACUAACUAGAGCAACAUUCAUACACACUGCCUGUGCGCAUGGGUUUGUUUCUGCAUACCCUAUUUUUUAUAAGAAACCUCUCUCGAUGCCUUCCACUUGUACCAUGUUGAAGAUUAUUUAAAAGCAGCGUUCGAGCGUCGACCUGGCUGCUCCACUUGGUUACGACAAAGAAACCGAGGCGUCGGUGAAGCCCCCUAGUUGCGCAAAGCGUUGAGUUUUUCGCGAUAACUUCUUUUUCAUGUCAAUUAUUUUUUGUUUUCUCAAGUUUUUAUUUUUCUUGAAUAGUUAGUUUGAAUAGUUUAUAAUUCAGUUGACCAUAUUAUAUAUAUCUAUAGGUAUUGAUAGUGGAAAGUUUUGAGAACUCUCCAGGAAUAAGGUAUGCGUCGAACUACGUGCCUAUUGAACUUUAAUCUACCUCAAAUAAUCAAAAUAUAUUAGAUUUUAUAGCCACUGAAAUUUCCGUUAUUUACACACAAUUACCGAACACACAGUAUAUAUAUCGUAUACAUUUUUGAACCGAAAAUGAACAUCAACAUUCCUAAAAUACUUCCAUCUUUUGAUUUUUCAAUCCAGUCACAUAAAUUGACACUAGUAUCAUGUUUAUUAACCUUAAAAUAAUCGCUUUUUUUGUUUUGGUUACACUGUAAGUCGUAAGAAUCCGUUUUUAAGAAUGUUUAUGUCCGUUCCGGUUCCCCUUAAUAUUAAUUGUGGAUUUUUACCAAAGAAAAAUCGCAAGGAAUGCGACCUAAGACAGAUGAGUCGCAUUCUAAAACCUCACAUCCCGAUGUUCGACGAUCAGCCAGUCACAAUUGAAACAAAAAUCUGAAAGAAUCUGCACUACAUAAAAAAUAAACAAAAAAAUAUACGAAAAGGCGUACAGUUCCUUCGGAGUUAAAAUGUGGCUGUUACUAUUAUUAUUUUACUGUAUUUUGAGUGUGAAUGUGGAAACCGAAGAGCUUUAAAUAAUUUUUGUAAGUUAGAAGUAUUUUUGCGACUAAGGCUAAGGAUUUCGGAUAUUCGUAUAUAUUUACAGAUAUUUCACUCUUUCAUUUCAAAACUUUUUUCUAGAGGAAUAAUUUAUUUGAUUAUAUUUUGGGAUUCGUAAUUAUCUUUGCGUUUCAAACUAGUGUUUUUCUUUAUUAUGUUCGGAAAACGUAAUGCAAUUAACAAAAUACCUCUAGGUCUAUGAUUUCGAUCUUCUUGGCCUGUAGCAACAUAAGGUGACAUCUAGCGGAAAGAUAUACAAAAUGAAAAUGAACAAUGUACCGUGUGUGAAUGUGUUGGUAAGCAAAGACAUUUUUUUAACUAUUAUAUUAUAAUUGUUAGGCGAUUUGUUGAAAUAAUGUUGUUUUUGCGCGAAAUGAUCAGCCGAUAGCUCGGUCCCUUGUAUAAUAUAUUAUUUGUUGGUGUUAUGGGACCGUCUUCGGUUGUUGAUCUUCGCGUUGAGAAACAAAGACGUGGUUGUUGUGGAAGAAAAAAAUGUAUUAUACCAAAACGUGUAGGACGAGUGUUGCGAGAAAGAGAGAAAGAUAGAAGAGAGUGAGAUGUAUCGAUUCUCGGAAUGCCUUGUGUCAAGGCGAGUAGUAUCACUUGUCCCUUAUAGUACAAACUCGGGAAGUAUAGAAUGGUGUUAUAGGAUAUAACGCCUUUUGCCUGCAAAUAUUCGAUUUGGUUACUUCUGUUGCUAUAAUAAUAUAUACAUUAUCCUUAUGAAAUCGUUAGUUAUUCACUAUUCUAGAAUACAAAUAUGACUAUAGAAAGUUAUUUUAACAUAAAUAACUAUUCCCGGAUGUUUUGGCAGUAUCUUAAAAGACUUAAUUCGUUUCUGCAAAGUUCGUAAGAAUUCUCCUCCCAUUUAAAACAAAAACCUUUUGUAGCCUAUUCGCUACUUGGAUAUCAAGUUUUGUAAAUACUUGGCAUUCUUUAUUUACUUCAACAAACGUUUUGACUCAUUGAAUGUGCGUGGAUGUGUUUUUUUAUAAUCCCGUAAUAGAUCCCUUUGAGAUUUAAAACAAUGACAUUCAUUUUCCGAAAGACAAUCAAACAAUCAAACAUCAAUCCUAAAAUCAUCACAAUAUUGGUUCUAGAAGGUUUUCCAUUCCUGUCUAUAUCGAAGAAAUAUCUAUAUUAAUAUUUAAGAAAAUCGUAUACAUCAAUCAAUACGUUUCAAGGAAGUUGUCUGUGCAUUAUCAUCUGUAAUAUAUUUUUUAAUGUGGGCAUUAGUUGAAAUUGUGGGUUUAGCAACAUAGACAAAAGGAAGUAACCAAUCGAGUAUUGGGGAAAUGUAAAAAAACUAUUUUUGAUAAAUAUUGUUUGUUGGGGAGGAUAUUUUUUUUUGUUAGAUUUUUAAAAAAUUUAAAAUGUAGCGGGGUCGCUAUUUUAAAUUGAAAUUAAAAAAAUUGUGAAAAAAUGGAUAUAAAUUAUUUUAUUGAGAAUAUAAAUAUAUUUAUUACUUUUGUGUAUAAAAAAAAUGAAGAGAAAAAAAAAUUAAAAUCGUUUGUACAGAUUUUAUUAAAAAAGUGUGCCAAAGUGCAAGAGAUGUUACCAAGAGAGCUUGCUUUAUUUAUGAUGAAAAAAAAAUGUUAAGAUUUAAAAAGGGUACAUAUAUUUAUUUUCGGUUAAGAGGAAGAAUAGUGAACAAGUGAACAAACGCUCCCCAAAUAGUAACUUGCAUACGGGAAAGAUAUCACACACUUAGAAGCCGUCACAUAUUAAGUAUUAGGAAUAAAAAACAUCAACGUAUCGUACAAACUGAAAACGACUUCAAGUACAAAGUGAACAAAAAAACACAACUUAUCGGCUACAAAUAUUUUUUUACUUAGCCAAACAUUAGUAACUUAAAAUGCUGUAUUUAUAAUAUAUUUUCACAACAUAUUCCCAGCUAAAAUAAACGCUCCUACAGUUGAUCUUGUAGUAAAGACACUAUACACGUAAUUCCUUACAACUAAAUGAUCUACAAAAAAAUAAUAGUCACUUAAACAAUGUUUUAAAGUAGUAUUAUUGUUUGUUUAAGCUUGGGAAUAUGUUGUCUCAAUAGUGUAUAGAUUUUAGGAUUUUGAAAUUAGCUAUUUCCAAUUCCAUUGCGUUUAAAUGAAAGGAAAUAGUUAAUUUUCUGAUACCAUAUGUCAAAAGUUGUCCUCGACUGAAAUAAAUCUAAAAACAUUUACAAAAGUUUGAUAAAUGGUUUUUAAAUUGUUAAUUUCUCAAUUUAGGAUCUUCUUUUGUCACAUCCUAUAUGUAUAUCUAUUUAAAAUGUAUAUUAAUUUAAAAAUGUUUGUACUGGUUGAGAAUAUCCGUAGCCACCCCUGUAGAAAGAAACACAUUCAUCCAAUCCAUUUUUCACAUACAUUUUUAACAUCUAUCUGUCUAUUUGAAAGAAAAAAAUCUAACGGUAGUCAAAACUGCGUGCUUCAAGUAAUCCAAAAAUCCAAAAAGAAAAAAAAAUACACAUUAACUUGGUCCUUCUGUAUCAUCGAAAAAUUUCCCUUCGUCUUAGAUAUUACUACCACUUCAUUUUGGCUUUUGAUAUGAUUUUUUAUUACUCGAAGCAGAAAUUUUUUUCAAUUUCCCACUUUUCCUCCAAAAGUGACAGUAAGAAAUGUAAAAUUCGAACUGGGCUCUCUCACACGACAUUGUUCAAGGUAGAUUUAGAAUGUAGUGAGUCUAUAAAGUUUUGGAGUGUAGAUAUCUCCCUUCAAUACAGGAAUUGCCACCCGAGUACGUGUUCCCUUUCUGAAACCUUACUGGGAACAACUUCGAACUAGUUUUUCGUGGUCAAUCCAUUAAUAUUCUUAACAUUUUACUGAACGUGUUGAUAAGAUCAUAUCAUUGUAAUUCCUACUACAUUUAUCUUCUUCUAAAGGUGCGUAUCUUCUAGAGAUGUUGGCGACCACAUUGACCCAUCUUAUUCUAUUCACAGCAGCUCGAAAUAGAUCAGUUGACGUUAGACCAGUCCACUUUCUAAGAUUGCCCAGGAUAUACGUCUACGUUGGGGGCCCCUCUUGCCCUCAAUCUUACCUUAUGAAUAAACGGUAGAAGUAAUUUAUUAUUAUGCAUAAUGUGGCCGAAGUAAGCCAAUUUUCUGUUAAUCACCGUUUUAUUAAUUUCUUUGUCUUUUCUUGGCCUCUGGAGAAUAGUUAUGUUAGUUGGGUGUUGUAUAUUAUGAGACCCUCAACCUGUAUUUCAAAUGUCUGUAAUAUUUUUAUGGCAUCUUCUGUAAGACUCCAGCUUUCAACUCCGUAGAGGACACUAAAGACGUAACAUAUACAGGGUGUCCCCGAAAAUAGUGCGCUCCUUUAAGGUAUGGAUAUAAUACUUAAUGUAGAACAAAAAGUCCUAUAACAUUUUUUUCUAAAGAGAACUUUUAUUUUCAUAAAAUUGACUAAUUUGGCAUCACUGUACAAGAACUGUUUGUGAUUUAGUUGAUUGACACCACAAAUGUAGGUCAGACAGGUACACCUGCAAAAUAAUUGUAUCACCCCAUGUUUGAAAAUCCAACAAAACAAGAAUUUGUUUGCUUGUUUAGGAUGAAGACAGGGUUUAAUGUAAAUACUUAUGGCUAAAAUGCUGGAACUAUUUUGCAUACCAAAACGUAUUUUGGUUUUUUAGCCAAACGGUUGCAUUUAGAAAAACAUGUAUAAGAUUUUUUUGCUCUACAUGGUGCCUUCUACCUAUACCUUUAAGAAACGCACUAUUUUCGGGGACACCCUGUAUAUUUAUAAUAACUAUUUUAAACAAUCUUUCUUCCAACUUUUCAUGCAACCAUGUUUUUAAAUAUUUGUAGCUAAGACAGGAUUCAAAUUGUUACACCAUUCACGUUGUUUUUUCUUUUCCUUUGUAUCUAAGCGCCAAACAGUUCGUACUAGAUAUACACGCUUUCAGUUUCUUAUUUUUCCAUUUUUUUAGCUUCCAUGCUUUCUAGAACUGGUCAACAAUAUGUAUUCAUCCUUCAACAGUAUUCAUUAAUUGUGCGCAUCACAUAGAAAUACUUCAAAAUCUUUUGAUAUUCCGAUGCCAGGUAUGUUAUACAUAUUGAAGCAUAUAAAUACUGGCAAUGUCCAGAUGCAGUUUCAAACGUUCACUAACUAAGCGUGUCAUAAUUUAUAUGUUGCACGUUUCUAAACAAAUCUACCUGGAAUCUUGUCGAUGUAAGUGCCCAGUUGUUGUUUCAUCCCCAAAAAACAAGAGAAAAUUCGAGAUAACAGUUUAUCCGGUAUUUAAACGGCACCCGACUUUUUUGAAAAUAUAUACCAUAGUCGGUAUUUGAUUUUGAAAAAGAUGCGUGCCAGCAUUCAAUAAUUUUCUCAUUCUGCCACCACAGAAAUUGUCAUUAUCUUUUCAAAGCAAAGUAUUACCCAAUUUACAAUUUAUGAGUUUCGAUAAAAAUGUGUAGGUACCUGACAGUGGACAAGUUCAUAUAUAUGUAUAUCGGUUUUUGGCAGAACUAAAUGUCUUAACCUGCCAAAGUAUAUAAUAUAUAGUUUUUAGAUGUUUUGAUGUUUUUAUAACAACUUGUCCUGUGUGAUUGUCUGGUUCCACACAUUUUUAUCGACUCGUACAGUAACACAUCAAAAGUCAACCUAAACAAGUUGAUUCAUAUGCAAAAAAAAAACAAGGAAAAGAAAUCAGUUAGUCACUGUAAUCAAUAUAACCACUGACUGACAAUCCAUUACAUAUACAUAUUCAAAAGUUACGGUAUUUCUUAGUGCCUAACUAAAACUCCUAUCGGAAAGAUUGAAUUUGAUCUGGAACAGUUGUUUAUGGGACAAAAGAUUGACCUCCCUUUACUGUGUCAGUAGUGAAUGAGUUGAUACUGAUUUUGAAGAAGUUUAUAUAUACAAUGGAUAAUAUAUAUACACCCCCCUCCCCUCCUGAGGCAACCUUUUGUUUGUUUGUUUAAAUUUAAAUAUUCGUAAUUAAAGAUUUGAAAAUAAGUAGACAUCGGUCAAAUUCAAUCAUCGAAUAGGAAUCGAAAGUUAUUCUAUAGUUAUAGUUUUUCUUGGAGUUAUGCAUUUUUUCAUAUUAUUACUAUUAUGUUUUUUUUGUAGAUUUCUGAUGUCCGUGAAAGCUACUACUUACAGUAUGUUUCAUCAUAGACCCGAAUAUAUGAUACUUUUGUGUGUUUAGUCCUAUCAUGAACCAUACUGUAUAUAUUUACAUUGCUGUGAGAAGGUAAUUUCCUGCAUUUCCUAUUUUUUUUUGCAAGUGUUAUCUGUAAAAAUGAUAUUGAUUUGGAAUCGACACUGUUGUUCAAAAUUACAUAGAAUCUGAUGUCUUUUACCUAACGAAAUGCAGGAAUAGCCUCUCGAUAUAAAAAUCAAAGUCAUUCUAUAGUAUAUAGUACAUAUUAUAUAAUCAUCUGGUAUUUUUUAUUUAAAUAGGGAGGUGUAACUCUGUCGGAACGAUUUUGAACGAAUCUAGACCUCAAAUAUAGUAAAAUAUGUUGUCAAAUCAACUUUUAUUUUACUACCGUCUCGAUCACACUGUAAAUUUAGCCCUUAACUAUUGACGUGGAUGUUUCAGAACGUAGACACUGACAUGCGGUAUGUCAUACCGUUGCCUAUUCUUGUUUGUUUUUUACAUUAACUACGGAAUGAUUCUUCACACUGCUGUAGAAUAAAAUACUGUUUCAAAUAAAAUAAACUUCAUUUUUUCAAGAAAAUUAUGAACGCAUUCAUGAUAUUAAAAAAUGGUGGAGAUUCUUGGAAAAUCCUGUAGAACUGAAUAACAAAAAAAAGUAGCAUUGGUAACCAAAAAAUAGUAAACUAAUGUUGAAAGCACUGAAAAGUAGAAUAACUGGAUGAACUUGCUGCCAUACUAAUAGCAGAACAAUACUGAAUGGACUGCUUUUAACUAUAGAAACGUAAACACUGACAUGCGGUACGUGAUACCGCAAGAAAACUUUACGUCAACGUAGUUUAACCAUAUUAAAACUGCAGAAGUUGGGAGCAGGUACAAUUACACUCCACUUGAAAGUACACAUCGCUCAUCCGGAAGAACAGUGUCUCAACUCAAAAAAGCACGUUUUUCGGGGAAGACAAAAAUAGAUUUUUUAGAUCUUAAUUUAACUAUAAAUUUUAGACGGUAACUGCUAAAAUCUAUAAAUUAAAAACGAAGAAUGUGGAUAAGUGAAUGUUUCUAAUUGUGUAAGAGGCAAAUCCAAAAAAACUAUGAUAUCUGAUUUAACAAAGAAAAAAGAUCAGAAUUUUGAGUUAUGUCACUUUUCUUUUGAAAUAUUGACCACUUUUGUUAAAAAUAACGAAAAAUACUUUACGACACUUCUCGAAAUACAACAGUUUUUGUGUUAAAUAACGAUAAAUUCACGUCGAAUGUCAGAGCAUAACUGAAAAGUGUCAUUGUUCCGGAAUAAAAGUAUUCAUUUUACCAAACCAAAGAAUAAUGACACUACUGCCAUCUUUAGAAGUUGGAAGUAAAUAUCUAUGUGACAUUUUUCCUGAUAAAAGUAUAGGAUAUUUGGAGUCAAUUUAACAAGAUAACUGGAUUUAUGCAUUUUUUGAGUUAUGUCACUUUUCUUCCGGAUGAGCGACAUAUCGCUCAUCCGGAAGAAAAAUGUCCCAACUCAAAAAACCACGUUUUUCAGGGGAGCUAAAAACAGAUUUUUUAGAUCUUAAUUUGAUUAUAAGUUUGAAACGGUAACUGCUAAAAUUUAUAAAUUAAAAACGAAGAAUGUGGAUAAGUGAAUGUUUCUAAUUGUGUAAGAGGCAAAACCAAAAAAACUAUGAUGUCUGAUUUAACAAAGAAAAAAGAUGAAAAUUUUGAGUUAUGUCACUUUUCUUUUAAAAUAUUGGCUCCUUUUUUUAAAUUAACAAAAAAUACAUAGGACACUUCUUGAAAUACAACGGUUUUUGUGUUAAAUAGCGAUAAGUUCACGUCGAAUGUCAGAGCAUAACUGGAAAGUGUCAUUGUCCGGAAUAAAAGUAUCCAUUUUACCAUCAAAACAAUAAUGACACUACCGCCAUCUUUCGAAGUUGGAAGUAAACAUAUAUAUGACAUUUUUCCUGAUAAAAGUGUAGGAUAUUAGGAGUCAAUUUAACAAGAUAACUCGAUUUAUGCAUUUUUUGAGUUAUGUCACUUUUCUUCCGGAUGAGCGAAUAUGGUUUUCUAAGAAUCUUGUAUAAAACAAGUUUUACAACAAAAUAUAUUUUUGGCGUGGUAUGGCAUAUUGUAUGCCAGUGGUUAAGGGUUAAACGAAAUUGAUAAAUAUGCAAAUUAUAUUUAGCGGUUUACAGCCACUUUUUUAACGAAUACCUCAAGAUAUCUGAUUGUAUUUGUAAAUUUCUCCUGUAGACGUUGUAAUUAUUGCCAUCAAAAUUGUGCCGAGCAGAGUUUACAUUCCUUGUACAGAUUGAUUUAUCUCAAAACUUCUAGAUUCCCAUCUGUUAAAUAAUGUAUAAAAGAUAAUCCCUUCGGCUAUUUGCUAGAAUGUCAAGAUGUUGUAAGGGAAUCUAGCGAGACCGAUUGAUUUAAGUCACUUUGUACAUUUUUUAUUGCAACACUAUAGUUUAUAGUACAUGUUACACUUUGCUAGACGGAGACUGAUGUGCAAACAACCAGCCCGCUGUAGAAUUAGUACCUUAGUUCUGGAUCUAUGAUCAUUUUCUUCUUUUUCGAUGUCUGUUUUGCACAAUAGGGCCACCCAUUUAUUUUUAUCGUCAUAUCAACACUUUAUCCAACCUAACGCUUUUUAAGAAACACGGCAACAUUAAUAUCGCGAUCAAUUCAAAAAAUUUGAAUUUUUUGUGAACAAUUCUGUUUUUUCUAAAAAUCAUUAACCUCAAACUUUCUUUGUUCAGAAUUAGUGAAUAUUAUGGCAUAGUUAGUUAUUCAUUAUUAUUUUGGCUUUUUAAAUUUGUUUCUAUACUCUUUUCCAAAAUCACAAUGUGAAUUAUUUAUAGUUUUUUGUUCAGUAUUUGGGACUUUUUGUCCCAGUAUUUGCGUAAGACAAAUAUUUCGUUAAAAUUUUGCCGAAUGUUUCUUGAAGCGUCCACGUAUUUCUAUUACUUGUCCGAUCUAAGGUAACCAUUAAAAAAUAAUAAAAAAAGAUGUAAACUACCUCAGUAAUUAUAUAUUUGUUGUUCAUGUUUUAACUUGGGUAUCAAUAUAAGUUUAUAUUUUACUUAAUGGUGAAUACUAUUUGUAUACAACACAGUUUAUAUAUAGUGCUAGAUAAAGUUUUGUGUCAGUGUGCCAUUUGCUUUUUAAAAUGAAACGGAUGAAUGGUCCAAAAUUUCCGCACCUUCUUCGUUUACGAAGUUGACGAAAUUUUGUUACUAUUAUCUUGGAAACUACCAUUUUCUGUACAGGACAUUUUAGAGCCUCGAUCUAGAUAUUUAGACGUGGCUAGCACACUGUAAGCUAUUCUUCUACUGUUGUUUCUGGUGCUAACUAUACUAUAUUCCCGAAGGUGCUUGGUAACAAUCUUUGUUACCUUUAACGUUGGGCCUGCAACAUUAGUAGUUAAGCCUUUGUUACUGCUGUUUUUAUUCACUGUGUCUAUGUACACGCCAACUUGUACGCAAAUCAAAAAGUUAGAUACACGCGAACGAAACUUCAUCAAACCAGUGACGUCAUAAUUUAGCGUGCGCUCUGACUCUAUUUUUGGUACACGCUAAUUUUUCGAUUUUUGCGAACUUUCAGGAAAAUUUUUCUCUUUAUCGUUUUCGUUACUUUUUGUAGCUAAAACUAAUUCCCCUUCGUUAGUUACUAAAUUUCAUAACAUCUAGAAAAGAAGAAAUAAUUUUAUUUUAACAAUAAUUUCAAAUAAUCAACAAACCAGUUACAUCAAUGCUUCUACCAUGUAAGCACAUUUUUGCCACUAGAAUAGUGGAAAAAAUAAAGUUAUUUGACCAAAGUUUAUGCCCAAAAGAAUUUUAUAUAAAACAUCAAAGGGUUGCUAAAGAAGUUACCACUACAAGCGAGAACAUUUCUUUGCAACGGUUUUCUGUGACACAGGCUGUUCUUUUAGUGUUAUAGUGUAGUGUAAGAGAAAAAAAGGCUCUUUUUGUGACAAACUCGUUGGCAAAUUUAGCUAGUCUAUCUUCCCGGUAGUUCGUUCAGUUACAAAAUAAAGAUACUGGAAGCAACAGAGACUGUUUGGAGAGAAGGUCAUGAAGUACUUUAAUGUAAUUCCUAGUGGCACUGACGAAAAUACAGAUCAAGGCAUUAAAAAUAAUGAAGAUCCAAAUGAUGUUUGUGAUAUUUUAUCUGUAAAUUGGCAUUGGCGAUUUAUUACAAUUGUUUGAGACAUCUCAAUAAUUCUGCUUCCGUUCCCUUAAUAACAAAUAUUUGUCUAUCAAACAAACCAUAAACACACCAAAAAAUCGGAAAAUUUGUUUUUUACCAAAAAUACAGUCACAGCGCAUGCUAAAUAAUGACGUCACUGGCUUGAUAACGUUUACUUCACGUGUAUCUAACUUUUUGAUUUGCGUACAAGUUAGCGUGUACCUGGACACAGUGGUUUUUAUUAUACAUCAAUAUUUUAAUAAUUGUAAGGUUGUUUGCGAAGAGAUACGAUUUCCCAAGCCAUCCGUUAGUUGGUUUAAUACAUCGAUGCCACAAAAAUAGUGAUGGAAUAUUAUGUAUCUCUUCUCCAAAUACUCCAGAAAUAUUUCGACAAUGAUUUACUCAGGAAGUGCAGCUCAGGUAAUGAUUUAAAUAAUUGGCAUUUGGUAAUUUUUUACAUUAUAAAUAUAAGGCUUCCGUGAACAAACAGAUUUUUUGUAUUGAAUGUCCUGUAGAUGAUGAUGAUAAUGGCGUAAAUUAAGGCGAACAGUUGUCAUGUGGUCGAUGUAAUGUCAAAUCGUUUUCUAAAUAACCAAAAAUUGUUUUUCGGUAUGGCAUACUUGAAUCUAAACUAAAUUAAAUGAAAUACAAUGUCCAAAUAUUUCAGUUAAAUAAAUAGUGUUCCCUUGAA